UACUUCCUAGGUCUGUUUCUGGGCAGUUACUAUUAUCCUAGCUCAAGCAAAUGCCCAGUCUAAAUUUUCUGAUCUGUUAAUCUGUAAUUCUGGUCAUAAAUGAAUGUCCCCAUUAGACCUUGGACCCCCUCUACAAGAUAUGUAACCCCUACAUGGAAAGAAGUGGAUGAAUGCACUACACACAAAGAAAGGAAAAUUCACCUUGAUGCUCUUCUCUUCAUCGGAGCCUUCGGUCUUGAGGUAGGCCUUGUCCUCGUCGGUUCCCUCGACGCUCAGGAAGCAGUUGGUGGUGUGGCCGAUGCCGCUGGGCAGCACGCGGUCCCUCAGCAUGGCAUUCACCACCGUGCUCUUCCCAUUGCUGGUCCUGGAAGGGAGAACACACUACCAGUAAUUCUCCAAACACAGAGUUUGUGGAAGCAUGAUGUGGGAUGGAUAAACAGAAAGGACACUCAACUAUGGCCUCUAAUGACCCUCACCUUCUGGACCCCCCUGGUGACCCCCAGCCAGGUGAUCUCAUUGAGAUCUUCAGACCAGCCUAUCAGCACUGGGCUCUCUACCUGGGCGAUGGGUACAUCAUCAACUUAACACCUGUUGAUGAGGGUCCAGCAGCUGCCAUGUCCAGUGUAAAAUCAGUGUUCAGCCGCAAGGCGGUGGUACGCAUGCAGCUGCUGAAGGAGGUGGUCGGAGGUGACUCAUACCGUGUCAACAACAAGUACGAUGACGACCACACACCCCUGCCUGUCUCUGAAAUCAUCCAGCGUGCUCAAGUGCUCAUUGGCCAGGAAGUGUCUUAUGACCUCCUGGGCAGCAACUGUGAGCACUUUGUCACGCUGCUGCGCUACGGGGAGGGGGUGUCUGAACAGGCAACACGGGCAAUAGGGGCCAUUGGUUUGGUGACGGCUGCAGCCAGUGCCUUUUCUGUGCUGGGACUCAUCAACAACCGGUCAAGAAACAGGCCUUUCUGAUAGCUGUCUUCCUCUCUGCAUUGAUGAGCAUAUUUCUAUUACUAAUAUGGCCAACAUGACUAAACUUAAAAUGAAAAUUGAUGACAAUAAAGGCAAUUGCAUUUCAAAAUAAAAUAAAUUAA